AUGGAGUUCAACACGCUGGUGAACCGGCAUCUGACGCGGCACGGCGAGGUGCCGAACCUGAGCGGUAUGCGCCAGGUGCUGCUGAGCCAGUACCGGCAGCGGGGCGGUAUGAUGACCAACGCCGAGCUGAAGCAGACUGCGGCGCAGCUGGACGACUCGCUGGAGAGGAAGCGGGCGAUAUUUACGGAGAAGUUGCUGCCGCGACACCCAGCCGUGCUGGGCGGCUGGCUCCGGGCCACCUUCCCUGACCCGCAAGCCUGGUACGCGGCCCGUCUCAACUACGCCCGGACGGCCGCUGUGAUGUCCAUGAUCGGCUACAUCCUGGGUCUGGGCGACCGCCACGGCGAGAACAUACUGCUGGACUCCUCCAGCGGCGACUGCGUCCACGUGGACUUCAACUGCCUCUUCAACAAGGGGGAGCUGUUUGACUGGCCGGAGCGGGUGCCGUUCCGCCUGACCCACAACAUGGUGGACGCCCUCGGACCGACCGGUGUCGAGGGGGUGUACCGGACAGCCUGCGAGGUCACCAUGUCCGUGAUGCGCCAGCAGCAGGACGCGCUGAUGUGCGUGCUGCGCCCGUUCGUGCACGACCCCCUGGUGGAGUGGAGCAAACAGGAGCGCAAGACCAGGGACGUCGGCGAGAUCGUCAACGAAAAGGCUCAAGCGCACGUGGGAGACAUCGAGCAGCGGCUGCGGGGGCAGGUGCGCUCGAAGCUGAAGCCGGUGCCGAUCCCGCUGUCGGUGGCGGGUCAGGUCAACUACCUGAUCGAGGAGGCCACCAGCGUCGACAACCUCUGUCAGAUGUACAUCGGCUGGGCGGCUCACUUCUGA